CUGCCGCAGAGGUCUUACUGGAAGACCUUGAGCAGUAUUGUUUUGUAAUCGGUCACAUUUACAGCCAAAAUGAAUCCCAAAAUUCUGUCAGUAUUACUACUGCUUGCUCUGGUAACAAUUGUAGUUUUGAUCUGCAUUUUGAUGUCAGGAAAAACGUCUAAAAAUGCUCCUUGGACGGCAGAGUCACCGAGCACUGUCUAUCCAAAACAUGAUGAGAAGAGCAAGAUCUUCUCUGAUCUUAGUUCCUCUGAGCUGCAGACUGUGGAGAACUAUCUCAAGAGGCAGAUUGGGAUGAAUCUAGUGAAUGUUUUCUUCGCAAAUCCCUCAGACAAUUACAUCUACUUGAUUGAACUGGAGCUUCCCAAGAAAAGGGAAGCCUUGGAAUACUUAGAUAUGGAGGGACCCAAACCUGUGAGGGAGGCCCGGGCUGUGGUUGUCUUUGGGGCUGUGCACCCCCCGAACGUUACAGAAUAUGUGGUUGGCCCACUACCAAACCCGGCUUACCACAUGGAUGUCACACGGAAUAAGUAUAACCCUAUACAUUUUAAUGCCAGACCAGUGCUUGUAAAUGAAUACCAGCAGAUCGCAUCCACUAUCAAUGAUGAAUUCGCUAAAGCACCGCGAACCAUGAAUGAUACGUUUGGUGCAGACUGGCGUAAGCUCGCUCGCAUGACCGCAGGACCGAGAGGGUUCCGUUCGGGAGACCGGAUAAGUUGGUUUGUUAUUUUCCAAAACGUAAGCGGGUUUUUUCUACACCCUGUUGGUUUGGAAGUACUGGUUGAUCACAGUAGUUUGAAUCUGUCGGAAUGGAGCGUUAAGAAAGUGUUUUACUGUGGCCAGUAUUUUAAUGGCAUGAGGGAGGUAGAAGCACAUCAUAUUAACGGCACUCUCCCCCUAAAUAAAUUUAAGCAGGUCCAUUUCGAGUACGAAAAUUAUGCAUCAUUAAAACCCAAAAAGAAGCACACAAGCUUGGCUCCUGUGCAAUUUCCUUUGCACGGUCUGAGGUACAGCGUUCAAGACAACCACGUCAUGUACUAUCGCUGGAGUUUUUCGUUUGGAGUCAGUCUGGUGUCGGGCAUGCGGUUGUUUGACAUCAGAUAUGAUUGGGUAAGAAUCGCUUAUGAACUGAGUGUACAAGAAGCAAUUGCAGUCUAUGGUUCGAAUACCCCAGCUUCUACCAUGAACCGUUACAUAGACGGAAGCCACGGGCUUGGCAGAUUUGCGCAUCAGUUAGUCAGAGGGGUUGACUGUCCAUACCUGGCAACAUAUGUAGACACAGAGGCAUGCAUAGAUCCAUUUAGCUUUCAAAAAACCCGAGACAGCAUCUGCAUUUUUGAAUACAACGCUGAGAUUCCGCUGAGGCGCCAUUUUUCAGAUUUAAAUUAUUUCAAUUAUGGAGGGCUGACAAACUCUGUAUUGGUUAUCAGAACAACAUCUACGGUGGCCAACUAUGAUUACAUCUGGGAUGUCAUAUUUUACCAAAAUGGAGCGAUAAAAUUUCAAGCACAUCCUACCGGUUACAUAUCCACUGCAUACUUCUAUGGGGAUAACGCGAAAUAUGGACACAGAGUUGGGGAGACCUCUUUAGGGGUAAUCCAUACUCACUCAAUGCACUUUAAGGCAGACUUGGAUAUUGCAGGUAGGCCUGUUAACACUGCUUAUUCGUAAAACUAC